AUGCAAACCAAUCAGGUCAGCGACAAAAAUAGGGCCAAUAGCGAAGCCUCGGAUCAUUCGCGAUCGAGCUUAGGUUCCCAAAGCACCACGAAACUACGAACAAUCAAAACACCCAAAGUGAAGGCGAAGAAGAGUGAUGAUAAGAUACACCGGUUGUCGCAGUCUACGAGCAGCAGUCAGGAGGCUCCCCACCAUGAUGCUCAGGUAGCACGGACUAGGCCUCACCAAUCGACCCUCACCCAGACACCCAUUGUUGUUCCAAUGAUGGAUGAUCGCGUUUAUCCAUUCGACGAACGUCCAGUGCCAGAAUUGCACUGUCUCGGGAAUGGGCUCGACCCUUUCAUGACCAUGUUCCAAUCGAGAAACACUCGCGUGAAGGUCGAAAAAUUGAAGCUCAAAUGCUCCAGAUAUUUCGGCACGCAGGGUCUGGGAAAACACUGGAUUCCUGAAUGUCUUGACCACCCACACACCUUCCUCAGCACCCUCUACAUGGCUUCCGCACACGACGAUGUCAUACACAAGCGCGAAGUAGAGAGUCUGGAGACCGCAGCCCUGCGUCAGGAUGUUAUACAUUUUGUGGGUGGAAAUCUUACGAACACGGAGCAGAGUGUCGCAGAUCACAACAUCAUUGCCGUCAGCCAGCUCAUACUGGGAGAUGUCAUAAGUCGGACCGACGUAGGUCUACGCUUCCAUCAGAACGGAAUUGCAACGAUGAUUAACCAACGCGGUGGGCUCCGAAACUUGGGUGUGAAUGGUCAGCUAGCAUCUGCAGUCUCAUGGGCAAAUCUUGCGACUGCAGUUUUACAAGAAAUUCCACCCACUCCGAUGUACGUCGAUCACUGCGAGAUGCGGGCGAUAAAGACAUAUCCUUUGAUCGCUACGAUACCGGAAUCGCCACUAUACCAUCCACACGGCAAAUUCAUGACGAUCGAGAGGUCGGCAAAUUGUAAUGCGAAUGCGCAGAAGCUCCUGGAAGACGUUCGCACGAUGAUGGAAGACUUGCUUGAUACCAAUGGCUCGAGGCGUGCAGGUAUCUCAAAUAAGUCGCGAAGCGCUUACGACCGCAUCAUUGGAUCUCAGUCUGUACAACAAUCUCGCAGAACGACCAUUCUAAAUAAGAUUGACUGGAAGUAUGAAGCGAUUCGCCUCGCCGCGAUUGUACAGGCUCAGGCCAUGUUCGACCAAGUACCUUUAUCAGAGGCGCUCGACCGUGUGCAGGUACCGGAACCGCAAACGGCCAUGUACAGCUCGUCCGCGGCCUCAUUUUCCAACGGCUCUUUCUCCUCGACCCUCGAAAUUCAGGACGUCAGCCCGGCUACUGACUUCACCGAGAGUCCUAUGUUUGGUUCAAACAGCGAAGGUUUUCCUUUCAACCAUCGCUUAUCGAACUCAUCCACAUUCUCACGACCCUCACUUUCGACAUUGCAAUCAAGCUCAUCGGACGUCCCCCUUCAACAACAAGUUUUCACACGAAUAGUCAGUGGAGACACCAUGCUUCGCCAACUGCGAGAAGCCCUCGAGAAAUCAGACAUCACAGACUGCUGGUCUGAUAUGGCUGGAGUGCUGCUAUGGAUAGGUCUGGUCAUAGGGGCUGCAAGCAACAAAAGUACAGACAAGAACCUGCGAAGGUACUUUUCCGCAACAACGAUGCGGGCAUGCAUCAUGUUGUGCUUUGAGCAUCCUGAAGCGAUUCAUUCCACGAUGCUGAGGAUGACCGAUGUCGUUGCAGCCUUGGGCAAGAAUUCUGGUGAGGGACAGCUGAUAAGAAACGACAGCUUCGUGUCAAGGAAGCGAUCGAAAAAUUGA